GUCAUUUCCACUCUUGCUUGCCCCGCCUGCACCAGGGUACGCACCUCAGUUCCCUCACCCAGCUAAUUCAGCAGGAAAGAUCGAAUGUUCUAACUGCAAGCAGCCCGAACAUUUCGCCCGAGACUGCCUGCAACCAAAGCGUAGUCAGCCCCCACCUGCGGCGGCCCCUGUGGCCCUGAAUCAAGGACGAAUGGUCGCUUUGAUGGAUACGGCCCAGGGAGGAGAACUCGUAGCAUAUACCCCAGAACAGCUUUCCCCCUCGACGGCAACGACAUCGACGUCGGGAGCUUCUUCCGUUGACGCUGCUGACGUGGUCGAUCCACUCGAGUAUCUUCAUCUUGCAGGAAUGGUCGGAGCGAUCCGAUCGGCCCCUGAUGAUCUCGAAUGGGUCGAUCGCGAGUCCAAUCCAGGUCCGCAGCUUCGGACGGGAGAAAUUGAUGUGUUACGGGCGCUCAAGCAAUUGGAUAUCCGUGUUCCGAUCCCGGUGGGACAUCUGCUCACCAUAUCCGAACUGACAAAUGAUAAACUUUUGCAACAUUGUCAGAAGAAUCAAAAGCGCUUCAUGUACCAGCGCAUCCAACGAAUGUUAAAGAAGGAGGAGGAGGAAAGAGAGGAUGUUGCACCGCCCGAACCGGAAGCCGCACGUGUAGCAGCGAUCUCUUUAGCAGAAAAAGAUCACUUCGUACGAGCUCGGCCGGUGACGUGGACGCAGACCAGCGAGCACCCUGCGUGGAUCGAAAAUCCGGAGCUGCUGAUCAUCCAAGCUUGGAGGACUAACGUGGAGGGCGAUCUUCUUGGCUUUCUCUUUGGAUCGGUACAGCCAGGGCGCCGCCAGUUGAUUGCGCAGGAGCUCAUCGCGCCGAUCGUGCAAUUGGCGGACGACCUCUCGCCCGACAUCUAUUCGCAAAGCGACGACAGCCCUGCCCCGUACAUUCUCGAGCGAUCAUUGGAUCCGUACCUUCAGUGGACUGCGUGCUUAGAGGAGCAUAGGGACGAAGAUACUCUACCAUCCCGGCAGGAGUAUUUGAAGCCGUACGACAUCAUCCCUCACGCCUUAUAUCCGAAGGCGGAGGAAGUGGUGGUCGACAACGACGAAGAAGACAACGACGAGGAAACGUCGGAGGAGGGAAGCUAUAGCGAAUAUAGCGAGGGCGAGCUGAGUGAAGAAGAAGAAGAAGAGGAGAGAGAAGAAGGAACCGAGUCUGAGUGGGAAGCUUUGCCAGAGGAAGCGGCGCGGAGGCGGAAGAUCUGGAAGCAAACGCGAAAGCGCGAAGAAAUUGCCACCGGGAAACGCCAACUAGAAGUUCGCCAGCGGAACCAGCCUGCACAUCGGUAACGAUCCGACCAGAGAUCCGGAGCCGCCAAAGCCCGAAGAUGGCGACCCUGCAACCGCCACCUCAAGCACCGCGCGACGGAGACGGAGUCGAUCCCCCUCCUCCUCGAGCCCCACCCGUCCCCCAGUUCGCCCACGUACCGAUGCGGGCGAUAGGCCUUCGUCCUCGGACGCUAUCCCGCCGACCCCUUGAUUUUCUCACCCUCGAACAAAUCUGCACCCCCGUC